AUGAAAGCUUUCAGCGCUCCGAGCAAAGCCCUGUUGGCUGGUGGCUACCUUGUUCUUGAUGCCAACUACAGUUCGUUUGUGAUCGCUUUGUCUGCUAGAAUGGGAGCUACAAUAGAUUCAGAUUCCACUGGGCCAACAAAUACCAUUUUCGUACAAUCUCCACAAUUCGAAGGAAAAUGGUCCUAUACUUAUAAGGAUGGAGUUUUGAGCUCUUUAGGCAAAAGAAAUCCAUUUAUUGAAAGUACCAUGGAGGCGGUGUUUGCAUUUCUGAGCCCUUCAACUUUUCAUUGCAUUAAUAUUACCAUUUACUCUGAUCCUGAAUAUCAUUCUCAGGAAGACACAGUCGUAAGAUUCAGCAGAAACGGAAGAAAGUUUCUUUUCCAUGAAAAAGAUAUUUCUAAGGUUCCCAAGACAGGAUUAGGUUCAAGUGCUGGUUUGGUGACGGUCCUGACCACUGCUUUGUUGGCAGAAUUCUCCAAAAUUGAUCUAGAAUCAAUGACAGAUCUUAAAACAAUUCAUAACUUGGCCCAGAUAGCCCAUUGUAAAGCACAAGGAAAAAUUGGUUCCGGAUUUGAUGUUGCUUCAGCUACUUUUGGGUCCAUUGUCUACAGAAGGUUUGAUCCAAUGCUAAUCGAUGGCGUUGCUUUUGAACAGCAUCAAAUAAAAGAUGUUGUUCUUCAAGACUGGAGAAUGGUGGCUGAAAAAUGUGCUCUCCCUGGAGGCAUAAAAUUGUUGAUGGGUGAUGUCAUGGGUGGCUCAGAAACUCCCAAGUUGGUUUCCAAAGUUUUGCAAUGGCGACGAGAUAAACCAGAGGAAUCUUACGAGUUGUGGAAGAAACUUGAUGAAGCCAAUAUGUCAUUGAUUGAAAGCUUAAAUCAACUAGCUACAAGUUCAAACUAUACUGAUCUGCUGCAUUUCAUGUCUUUGCAUUCUGCGAAUAGCAUUACAAAGUUGAAUAAUAACUCCAGGAAUUUUUUGGAAUCCAAACCUCUCUUGAACGUGAUCAAUUCAUUUCAACAUAUUAGAAAGCAAUUACGGAUAAUGGGUGAGAAAACUGGUGCUGACAUCGAACCGCCUUCCCAAACUCAGUUACUAAAUGAGUGCUCCGAUAUUCCUGGAGUCUUUGGGGGCGUAGUUCCUGGUGCUGGUGGGUUUGAUGCUAUUUGUCUCUUAGUAGUAAGAAGUGCCAUCGACGAUAUUAUCCAGACAACUAAGAAAAAUCCUGCGUUCGACUCUGUCACUUGGUUAGAUUUAGAAGAAGAGUCUGAGGGUGUACAAGAAGAAAACGUCCAGAGCUAUUUAUUUGCAGAAUAG